AUGCGCGCCAUAAACCUCAUCCUCUCGGCGCUCUUGCCUGCAGUCGCAAUCGCCGCACCGACAACCACCAACACGACAGCGGCAUGCACAAACCCCCAGAAGCGCGUCGAGUUCCGCAAGCUCACGGCGGCCAACAGGCAGCAAUACGUCGACGCCAUCUUCUGCAUGUCCAAGAAGCCCUCGGAGCUCGGGAUGGGGCUGAACACGACCCGCCUCUCCGACUUCACCUACGUCCACGCCCUGCUCAACAACGAGAUCCACUUCGUGGCUCAGUUCCUGCCCUGGCACAGGUGGUUCCUGUACCUGUACGAGCAGGACCUGCGCAAGUGCGGCUACGAGGGUCCUCUGGCCUACUGGGACUGGACGCUCGACCAUCAAGACCUCCCCAACGCCAGCAUAUGGGAUCCCGUGUCGGGCAUCGGCGGCGACGGCGUGGUCCCGCAGGGCGUGAGCCGGAGGCAAAACGCACUGGCCGACUAUGGCGUCGACCGCUCCCAGCCCGUGUACUACUUUUGCGUCGGGGACGGGCCGUUCAAGGACCUCAAGGUGGAGUACAAGAGGUCCGAGAACGUGCCGCACUGCCUGACCCGCAACUUCAACAACGGCAACAAUUUCCCCGGCGACAUGAACGGGUGGGCCGUCUCGCCGUCGUCCAUCGCCAGCGUCAUGGCCAAGCCCAACUACGACGAGUUCCGCCAGUGGCUCGAGGGCCUGCCGCACGGCGCCAUCCACAGCGCCAUCUCAGGCGACAUGGGCCCGUCCAGCUCGCCCAACGACCCCGUCUUCUACCUGCACCAUGCUCAGGUCGACCGCCUGUGGCUGCAGUGGCAGCAGCAGAGCGCUGGCAAGGCUACCGAAUACGGUGGCAGAAGGACACAGGACCUGCCAGAGGGUCAACAGACGUCGGCGCUGACCGACGUCAUGGAGAUGUUGGGUUUGGGCAAGAAUCUUGCGGUGGCGGAUGUAAUGAGUGUGCAGAGCGAACUGCUCUGCUACGAAUACGUCUAA